CUCUGUCGCUAGCAGUUCUGUGGCAGCUGGGAGACGGAGGACGCAGCAGGGAGACAGGUGCCUUGGCCUGGCAGAGGUGGUUGGGGACUGGGGACAUCAGGACCCCUGAGCUUCGUGAUCUCUCUUUUCUGCUAGCACUCUGCCUCAGUCUCUGAAUGUGGACCAUCAGAGGUGGGAGGAAAGGAUGCCUGCAGCCCGAGGGAAAUCAAAAUCCAAGGCACCAGUGACUUUUGGGGACUUAGCCAUCUACUUUUCCCAAGAGGAAUGGGAAUGGCUGAGUCCCAUUCAGAAAGAUUUGUACGAAGAUGUCAUGUUGGAGAACUAUCACAACCUGGUCUCAGUUGGUCUUGCCUGCCGAAGGCCGAAUAUCAUUGCCUUGUUGGAGAAAGGGAAAGCACCAUGGAUGAUGGAGCCACCAAGGAGGCGCUGGGGUCCUGAAUCAGGGUCUAAGUAUGAGACCAAGAAGUUACCACCAAAUUCAUGUAACAAAUCUGGGCCAAGCAUCUGUGAGAAACCAACUUCUUUACAACAAAAGGUGCUCACAGAGAAGGCAAAACAUAACAAGGAUUCAGUCCCAAGCAAACCCAGGAAAGAACAUUCAGGCAAGAAAUCUUUAAAGUGUAAUCGUUGUGGGAAAACCUUUUUUCGAAGCUUAUCUCUUAAACUUCAUCAAGACUUUCACACCGGAGAGAGGUCUUAUGAAUGCAGUGCGUGUAGACAAGUUUUCAGGCAGAUCUUAUCCCUCAUUCUUCAUCAGAGAGUUCACAAUCGGAAUAAGAGCUAUGAAUGUGAUAAGUGUGGGGACAUUUUUAAUAAAAAGUUAGCUCUUCUGAUACAUAGAAGAAUGCAUAAUGGAAAGGAAAAUUUUCACCAUGAGAAGGCCUCAGAUUCAUACCCCUCUCUCGGUCUACACCAUAAUAAUCAGACUGCUGACAGCAUUCACCAGUGCAGAAAGUGUGGGAAAGUCUUCAAUCGGAUGUCAUCCCUUUCACUUCAUAAGAGGAUUCACAGCAGAAAGAAAAUACAAAAAUACAAUAAAUAUGGGAGAGGCUUCAAAAAGCAGCCAGUCCUUGUACAUAAAAGAGUUUGUAUUGGAAAGAAAACUCAUGAAAGUAAGAAGGCCUUAACUCAGAGUCUCAGGCAGAAAACUUGCCAGUCGGAAAACCCUUUUAUGUGUAGGAAGUGCGGGAAGUCCUUUAGUAGGAUCUCAGCCUUGAUGCUCCAUCAGAGAAUUCACACUUCAGGGAACCCCUACAAAUGUGAUAAAUGUCAGAAAGACUUUGGACGGCUUUCCACCCUUAUUCUGCACCUAAGAAUUCAUAGUGGGGAGAAGCAGUUUAAGUGCAGCAAGUGUGAGAAGGUGUGUAGUCGCCUUUCAUCCUUUAUUCAACACCAGAAAAUUCAUAAAAGGAAAAAGAAACUCAUUGAAUGCAAGGAAUGUGGAAAGAUGUUUGGUGGAAUGAAAAACCUUAAAGUGCAUCUCAACAUCCAUUCGGAAGAGAAACCUUUCAAGUGCAAUAAAUGUAGUAAAGUUUUUGGCCGCCAGUCAUUUCUUAGUGAACAUCAAAGAAUUCAUACUGGAGAGAAGCCCUAUCAGUGUGAAGAAUGUGGCAAAGCAUUCAGUCACCGAAUAUCUCUUACCCGACAUAAGAGAAUUCACAGUGAAGACAGACCUUAUGAAUGUGAUCUGUGUGGGAAAGCCUUCAGCCAGAGUGCUCAUCUUGCGCAGCAUGAAAGAAUUCACACUGGAGAGAAGCCUUACGCAUGCAAAAUAUGUAAGAAGUCCUUCGCUCAGCGCAUAUCCCUCAUUCUACAUGAAAGAAGUCAUACUGGGGAGAAGCCCUAUGAGUGUAAUGAAUGUGGGAAGGCUUUCAGUAGUGGCUCGGACCUUAUCCGACAUCAGAGAAGUCACUCUUCAGAGAAACCAUAUGAAUGUAGCAAAUGUGGUAAGGCAUAUAGUCGGAGCUCAUCUCUGAUUCGACAUCAGAGCAUACACUCAGAGGAAACAUCCUAAAGCUGUCGCUGCUAUAUCUGUAAAAUCUAAAAAGGAUAUCAAAGAAGUAUUCAGAGACAUGGAGAGUGUGUGUAAGUGUUCAUGAUCUUUUGAUGAUGUAUGUCCCAUAAACCCAUCGUAAGUUGAAACGUUUGAGACAAAAUAUAUAUUUAAUAUACCUGACCUACCAAAUGUGAUCAUUUAGCAGCACAAUGUAAUGUGGUGUCCCAGUUGUUCAUUCUCCUGACUGUAUGGCUUCCUGGAAGCUAUGGCCUGAUCCUGAUGCCCACCAUCAUGAGAGUCAUCAUCCUGCUUAUAAUCAGCCUAGGGAAGAUAACACUUAGACCCAAUUCCUAGUUGAAUGGAUAUUGCCUCUGUACCAUUAUAAUGCUGAAAAAAAUCACAAAUCAGCAAUCAUUAAUUGGAGGGAGUGCACUAUCUGCCAAUAACAUGUUUUGUGUAUGUGGGGCCAUGUUAUGAUAUUCUCCCUUUGAAAGCCAAAGAACCAAAGUAGUCGGUAGAUUUUGAAGUGAAGGUCUGAAAUCAGCUGAAGUAUGCUCAGAAUUUUGGAUCAGGGUUUGUGAGUGAAGGUGUUUUUCGGCUGGCAUUUCAUUUCUAGUACAGUGUUCAGGACAUAUCAUUGGAUACACACAAUGAAAUGGAACUGGAGCUACAGUCCAUUUUUCUGGUGGAGCUUUGAGCCUGAGUCGAGGUCUCAGGAAAACAGAGUGUUAGGUCUAACAGGCAGACCGGGCAAAGCAGGGUGAGAACAAAAAGAGUGAGUCUUUAGGUUGCUAGAAAUAGUAGUUACAGUAGUCACACUGCCUCCAUGGUUGUGAAGAUACACCGCGAAAAUUUAGUAAGACAGGCUGGGGGCUCGGGCAGGAGAUACUGAAGAAUGAGGAACUUGAGAGCAGGGAGAAGCUAUUUUUUACCUUUUUUUACUUGAAAAUAAAUCUAUAUUUAUAUAAGUAAACAGUGUUUUCAUGCAGUUCUGCUAUUUGCUCUAAAAUAAGUCACUCUUGAGCUAUGUGUUUGGGUUUUUAUGGUCUGGAUAUGUGUGCCAUCCCAAAACUCACACGCUGGAGCCCCAAUCCUUCAAUGUGAUGCUAUUUUGAAAUGAGAUGAAUGGAGUUGUGGUGCAGAUGAGCCUUUUUGAUAUGUUUAUUGAUCAGAGACACCAGAGGGCGUUGUCUCUUGUCCCAUGUGAGGACACAGGCAGGCCAUCUGCAGACCAAGGAAAAAACCCUCACCAGAACCUGACCACUUUGCUGCCCUCACCUUGGCCUUCCAGCUCAUGGAGGAACUGUGAGAACCUAAUUUCUCUUAAGUCAACUCGUCUGUGAGACUGUUACAGCAGCUCAAGCUGAUUAGUUCAUGGAAGAACUAGGUUAAGGUACUGGCUGUUUUCCUUUGAUCCAUCCACUAUGUUCAAUGUAUUUUUGUUGGUUUUUGUCCCCUUUUCCAGCAUCUGUAAGUUGUAUAAAAAAUAAAAUCUGAGUUCUUUUGUGUGAUUAGAUUAUA